AUGAAGGCAGCAGACAAACUGUCGGAGAUCGCAGAGAUAGCCGACCAGAAGGAGCGCACCAGCGCAUACGCGCGCUUUCUCACUGAGCUGAUUUCGAACGUCGAUGGGGACGGGAUACGCGACCUCAUCGAGCACAUUCUCUCGGAUGCCGUUCCCCUGGUCGUGUCCCGGCAGAUCAUGCUUCAGCUUGCGGAAGGGCUUCGGCACCUGACACCCGACCUUCACAAGAGGUUUGCAGAGUAUUGUCUGGAACAGGUUCAGGCCAGAGCUAUCAGCUUCGAAGAGUCAGCGGCCACAAUACGGGAAAAUUUGUCUGCACUGCACGAACAAGAACGAAGCUGGUCGAAAGCGGCACAGGUUCUGGCGGGAAUCGACCUUGAGUCCGGCACGAGGGUUCUUGACCACGAGUACAAGCUCGGGAGGUACGUACGGAUCGCAUUACUGUACCUCGAGGAUGGCGACACCACGUCGGCGGAGUCGUACAUCAAACGGGCCUCUCCUCUCCUCGGCCACUGCAAAGACAAGAAUCUCGAGAUCAAGUACAAGACGUGCUACGCGCGCGUGCUGGACUCGAAGCGGAGAUUCCUGGAAGCGGCCACCCGGUACUGCGAACUUUCUCAGACGAGUGGCGUUGUUGAGGACCAUGAUCCUGUAGCAGCUCUAGCAGCGGCGGUCACGUGCACCAUCCUCGCGCCAGCUGGACCACAGCGGUCGAGAUUGCUGGCGACGCUUUUCAAGGACGAGAGAUGCCAGAGUCUACCUUCGUUCACGAUUCUGGAGAAGGUCUUCUUUGAGCGCAUAUUGAGCCGCGCCGAGGUGGACACCUUCGCUGCCACCUUGAAAACUGAUCAGACCUCACGGACCCCCGACGGCACGUCCGUUCUCGAUCAAGCAGUGCUCGAGCACAACGUGCAGGCGUGCAGCAAGCUGUACGCGAAUAUCUCGUCCAAUCAGCUCGGAUCGAUUCUGGGCGUCGAAGCGUCGCGAGCAGAGGAGAUUGUCGGGGGCAUGAUCUCUGAAGGCAGGCUGUCGGGCCAUAUCGACCAGGUUGGGGGGGCCGUGGUUUUCACGGACUUGGACUCCAGGAAAGCGUACAUACAGCAUGUGGAGGGUGCCUGCAACGCGCUCAACAGGAUCGUUGAGAUGCUGCACGUGCAAUGA